UCUGCGCCUGCCAGGGAUGUUCGGUCACCGCAGCACAGAGGAGGAAUCUGGGCACGGAACUGACAUCCCCAGGGUGGGCUGGGUUUGGGUGUGGCUGGAUCGCAGGGAUCCAAGGGAUGGCCUCAGAGUCCUGCAUUUCUUUCCCCUGCGUCCGCCUGGCUGCAUGGCCGGCCUAGCCUUACACCACCCUUCAGCUGACAGUCCUGGCAAACGGGAGCGUCUCUCUGCAGAACCAACUCAUUAGACCAGUAGGAAUUGGCUGCCUGCCCGUUUGCCAGGCCCCAGUCACCUGCCCAGCUUUGGAGCAUGAGGUGGGGGUCCCCUAGUCCAAGAGGGGUACAGGGACCUUUCCCUGAGGGAAAUCCAAAUACCGGUUCCCACAGCAGGAGGUGAUAGGUGUGGGACGGGCGGCGACACCAGCCAUGGCCCUGGAGCAGGCGGAAGGAAGCACAUGACCCCCCCCACCCGCACCCCAGGUGGAGGGCUGUGUCUGGGGCACCUGCCCCCCCACCCCUUCUCUGAGGUGCUACCCCCCAGGCCAGGGAAGGCGGCUUCUUGAUCUGAGCUGGGCCACAGGACCAGGGGGCCCAGAGGGGCCCUGAGGAGGUGCCACCCACUGCCUCCUGCCGGGGCUCCUCGGUGGCUGAGCCUCCCGGGCCAAGCUGACGAUGCUCAACACCGUGUCCAAGAUCCGCGGGCAGGUGAAGAACCCUGGCUACCCGCAGUCCGAGGGCCUGCUGGGCGAGUGCAUGAUCCGCCACGGCAAGGAGCUGGGCGGCGAGUCCAACUUCGGUGACGCCCUGCUGGAUGCCGGGGAGUCCAUGAAGCGCCUGGCAGAGGUCAAAGACUCCCUGGACAUAGAGGUCAAGCAGAAUUUCAUCGACCCCUUGCAGAACCUGUGUGACAAAGACCUGAAGGAGAUCCAGCACCACCUAAAGAAACUGGAGGGCCGCCGCCUGGACUUUGACUACAAGAAAAAGCGGCAGGGCAGGAUCCCCGAUGAGGAGCUGCGCCAGGCCCUGGAGAAGUUCGAGGAGUCCAAGGAGGUGGCCGAGACCAGCAUGCACAACCUCCUGGAGACCGAUAUUGAGCAGGUGAGCCAGCUGUCCGCGCUGGUGGAUGCGCAGCUGGACUACCACCGGCAGGCCGUGCAGAUCCUGGACGAGCUGGCCGAGAAGCUCAAGCGAAGGAUGCGGGAAGCCUCCUCUCGCCCCCGGCGGGAGCCCAAGCCUCGGGAGCCCUUCGACCUUGGGGAGCCUGAGCAGUCCAACGGGGGUUUCCCCUGCGCCACGGCCCCCAAGAUCACAGCCUCGUCAUCUUUCCGGUCUUCCGAGAAGCCCAUCCGGACCCCCAGCAGGAGCAUGCCCCCCCUGGACCAGCCGAGCUGCAAGGCUCUGUACGACUUCGAGCCUGAGAAUGCCGGCGAGCUGGGCUUCCACGAGGGCGACGUCAUCACGCUGACCAACCAGAUCGACGAGAACUGGUACGAGGGCAUGCUCCACGGCCAGUCGGGCUUCUUCCCCCUCAGCUACGUGGAGGUGCUGGUGCCCCUGCCGCAGUGACGGCGACGCCCCAUCGCCCGCCCGGGCGGCCUGCAUUCCACCGCCUGGGCGGCUGGGCUGGGUGUCUGGGAGGGGCCCGCCUCCCCCGGCAGCCCCCAGUCCCCGUGGCGGUCCAGGGGACUCCUGCUCCCCGACUGCAGCUCCCUGGCCCCGCACGCCUAGGGGCCAACACUAAGGUGCUCUAGAAACACUAACUUCCUCCCGCCCCUCCAGGGGGGCCCCCUCCCUCACACAGGCGCGUGCACACCCCGUCCCCCAGCCCCCCUCCCCCUCCAUGCCAGGAGACCUGCCCUUAACAGGAGCCGGGUUCUGAGCAGGACCCCUGGCCCAGACUCCCCACCUGGCUUUCCAGUUCACCCCCAACACUCCCAGCCCCAACUCCAGGGCUCCCCAGGCCCGGGCUCGCCCGCAGAUGCCACCUCCCUGGGGAGGGACAGCCUGGGGUCCUCAGGGUUCCCCUAAAGACCGGCCCUCUGAUCAGCCUCAGAGGCCUGUAGUCUCCCUCCUCCAGUGCCCUCCUCCCUGCCCCGCACCCCCUCCUCCCUGCCCACGUGUCGGGGGCCCCACCCCAGACAAGCACACGGACGCUCCUCCGGCAUAAGCCACCGCCACCAGCCGUGCACACGUGCACCACAGCCGGGACUCGGGGUCCCCAGCCCCCCGGCUGCCAGGACCACACGCGGGAGGGUCACAGGCUGGCUACUGCCACGUUGUUGACAGUGGCCCCAGCCAUCUCCCUACACACAGACCAAGGCAGGCAGCUGUCCUGCCCAGCAGAGCCGAGCCCUGCCUCCACUUCCCCUCCUGCCUAAUCCAAAAGUCGGCUCGACCAGGGGACCUUGGGACUGGAUCACAUUCCCCUCCUCUGAAGACCCUGAAGCCCCAGGGACACUGGGCUCUGAGGCCCCCUCACUGCCAUUACACGGGGGAGGCGCAGACACGAGCAGUGCAACCUGGGUCACAAUCGAGGGCGAUCAAAAUGUAAUCCUGAUGUUUUUUAAAGUAUUAAAUGUCUCUUUCUACA